GACAUUUCUCUCUCAGCUGCUUGGUUUCCUCUGCGUGGCUGGCCUGAGGGGACUUUUUUUUUUUGUCCCCAGCGAGCGUGAGGAGAGACGCCAGAAGACAAAGUUAGCCCAUGCGAGCAACGUGUGGACUGAGUGCAGCUGUUUCGUUCAGAGAAGAGCCCAACAUGUGAGAAGAUGUCUGUUGGAGGUUGUGCUUGUCCCGGCUGUUCGUCAAAAACAUUCAAACUGUACUCUCCUAAGGAGCCCCCCAACGGUGGCAGCUUUCCCCCCUUCCAUCCAGGCGCCAUGCUGGACAGAGAUGUGGGGCCUACACCCAUGUACCCACCGUCAUACAUGGAGCCAGGAAUGGGGAGACCCACACCGUACGGGAAUCAGACAGAUUACCGGAUAUAUGAGCUGAAUAAAAGAUUACAGAACUGGACGGAGGAAUGUGAUAAUAUUUGGUGGGAUGCCUUCACCACAGAGUUUUUUGAGGACGAUGCCAUGCUCACCAUCACUUUCUGUCUGGAAGAUGGCCCCAAACGAUACACCAUCGGCAGAACGUUGAUUCCUCGAUACUUCAGAAGUAUUUUUGAGGGAGGCGCAACAGAGUUGUUUUAUGUUUUGAAGCACCCAAAGGAGUCUUUCCACAGUAACUUUGUGUCCCUAGACUGUGAUCAGUGCACUAUGGUGACUCAGAACGGCAAACCUAUGUUCACACAGGUGUGUGUUGAGGGUCGUCUGUACCUAGAGUUCAUGUUUGAUGACAUGAUGAGGAUCAAGACAUGGCACUUCAGUAUCAGACAACACAGAGAGGUCCUACCGAGGAGCAUUUUGGCUAUGCAUGAUCCCCAGAUGCUCGAUCAGCUGGCAAAAAAUAUCACCAGAUGUGGGCUGUCCAACUCCACGCUCAACUACCUCCGUCUAUGUGUGAUACUGGAGCCAAUGCAAGAAUUGAUGUCCAGACAUAAAACCUACAGUUUGAGCCCCAGAGACUGUCUGAAAACCUGUCUUUUCCAGAAGUGGCAGAGGAUGGUAGCCCCUCCAGCCGAACCUGCCAGACAAGCUCCAAACAAGCGGCGGAAAAGGAAGGUGUCCGGGGGAAGCACGGUGAGCUCCGGCGGCGGUGGCAGUAACAGCAACAGCAAAAAGAAGAGUCCAGCCAACACCUUUUCACUCUCCAGCCAGGAUGUGAUGAUGGUGGGAGAGCCCACACUGAUGGGAGGGGAGUUUGGUGACGAAGACGAGCGUCUGAUCACGCGGCUGGAGAACACGCAGUACGAUGGGGCGAAUGGUCUGGACGAUGAGGACAGUUUCACCAGCUCGCCUGCACUGGGGCACACGCCCUGGAACAACAAGGCUCCCUCCAGUCAGGAGAGCAAGAAUGACAACUCCCAGUCAUCCCAGUAGAGGGCCGAGAAAAUUAAAACUCUUAAACUUUUAUCGGCAUCUGCCUGAGCCCAACACGUGAACGAGAUGAGUCAGAGGUCA